UCGCCCUUGGAUUAACUUUACAAAAGGAAAGCUAUUUUGUGACAGUCCUCUCCGCUAGAAAUGGCCAAUGUACUUUGUAACAGAGCCAGACUGGUUUCCUAUCUCUCAGGGUUUUGCUCUUUAGUUAAAAGGGUUGUCAAUCCCAAAGCCUUUUCAACUGCAGGAUCAUCAGGUUCUGAUGAGUCUCAUGUGGCCACUGCACCUCCAGAUAUAUGCUCUCGAACAGUGUGGCCUGAUGAAACUAUGGGACCAUUUGGACCUCAGGAUCAGGGAUUCCAGCUUCCAGGAAACAUGGGUUUUGAUUGUCACCUCAAUGGGACUGCUUCACAGAAGAAAAGCCUGAUUUAUAAAACUUUGCCUGAUGUUCUAGCAGAACCUUUGUCAAGUGAAAGACAUGAGUUUGUUAUGGCACAGUAUGUGAACGAAUUUCAGGGUAAUGAUGCACCUGCUGAACAAGAAAUUAACAGUGCAGAAAUUUACUUUGAAAGUGCAGAGUGUGCAAUCCAAACAUGUCCAGAAUUGCUGUGAAGAGAUUUCGAAUCACUAUUUCCAGAAGUAGCUAAUAGCAAACUAAUGAUUCUGACUGUAACACAGAAAACUAAGAAUGAUAUGACUGUUUGGAGUGAAGAGGUAGAAACUGAAAGAGAAAUGCUCUUAGAAAAGUUCAUCAGUGGUGCUAAGGAAAUUUGCUAUGCUCUUCGAGCUGAAGGAUAUUGGGCAGACUUUAUUGACCCAUCAUCUGGUUUGGCAUUUUUUGGACCAUAUACAAACAACACUCUUUUUGAAACAGAUGAACGCUACCGACAUCUAGGAUUCUCUGUCGAUGAUCUUGGAUGCUGUAAAGUGAUUCAUCAUAGUCUCUGGGGUACCCAUGUGUUUGUAGGAAGCAUCUUCACUAAUGCAACACCAGACAGCCAUAUUAUGAAGAAAUUAAGUGGAAACUAGCAGUAAUGUCAAUUUGUUUGCUAUACUAUUUGUAUGUAACAUUUGGGUUGAUCUAUAAACACUGUCAAAGACUUCAAUUUUUAAAAGAUACUUAUUUCUAAGUAUUUAUUUC